GCCCAGUCCGGAUGUUCCCCCAGUAGCGAAUAACGAGCAGCAGUGUGUGAAUGUGGCAACCGAGGUAGACAGGGAGGGGUAGACAGACUGACCAAACCAGCUCUCUCUCUCUUUUAUUUUAUUUUUAAGUCUUUUUUUGUCUUUAUUUCUCUUUUCUCACAGCACCGAGUGUUUACAGUCUUACGUUAAGCCGCCGUUGGGAAGUUGUUUGUGGAGCGGAAAACCCGGGCCGCCGCUGCUUUUCUCCGGGACUAACCGAUAUCGUGAAAACAGCCCCAGAAGAAAGAGGCAGAAACAAACAUGGGGCGAUAAUAAAGAGACAAGAAGGUGUUGUGACCCGACGAUGACUCUCUGGGAGGAUCCGUGAAGCUUAUUUAUUUUUAUUUAUUCCCCCUCCUCUUCCCUUUCCCCGGUGUCCCCUUUUUUUUGUUGUUGUUUUAUUUUUGUUUUUACAUUUUCUGCCCUCCUCCUUGAUACUUUGGGAGGUUUUUUUUUUGUUUUUUUUGUUUUUUAAAAACACACAAAAGGUUACAAGAGGACGGAAAAGGAUGGAGCAAGCCGGCAUCCUGAGAAAGUUUAUCCAGGGGGUGAAGGCCAUGAGCGAGGGGGACGAGGAGAGGGGAGAGGACAACUUCGGCAGCGACUUUAUGAGGUUACGACGGUUAUCAACUAAAUACCGGACAGAGAAGAUCUACCCUACCAAUGUGGGAGAGAGGGAGGAGAAUGUCAAGAAGAACAGAUAUAAAGAUAUACUGCCAUUUGACCACAGCAGGGUGAAGCUGACGUUACAAACAACCAAUCAGGACACAGAUUAUGUCAAUGCUAACUUUAUCAAGGGUAUGGAUGGCCCAGAAGCCUAUAUCGCAACUCAGGGCCCACUGCCGAACACUGUCAUCGACUUCUGGAGGAUGAACUGGGAGUACAACAUAGCUGUUAUUGUGAUGGCUUGUCGAGAGUUUGAGAUGGGAAGGAAAAAGUGUGAGCGGUAUUUCCCGCUGCUCGAGGAGGAGCCCAUGAGUUUUGGCCCUUUCAGAAUCUCCUGUGAAUCAGAGCAGGCCAGAACAGACUACUUUAUCAGAACUUUGAUGGUGGAGUAUGAGAAUGAAACACGCAGGAUAACACAGUUCCAUUAUAUGAACUGGCCCGAUCACGACGUCCCCUCAUCGUUCGACUCCAUACUGGAUAUGAUCGGACUCAUGAGAGAAUACCAAGAGCACGAUGAUGUCCCUAUAUGUGUGCACUGCAGUGCAGGCUGUGGGAGGACGGGUGCUAUCUGUGCUAUUGACUACACAUGGAACCUCCUCAAAGCUGGGAAAAUUCCAGAAGAUUUUAAUGUUUUUCGGUUGAUCCAAGAGAUGAGGACGCAACGACACUCUGCUGUUCAGACCAAGGAGCAGUACGAGUUAGUUCAUAGAGCGAUCUCUCAGCUCUUUCAGAAACAACUGCAGCUACUUGAGAGCCCCACCAACACGCAGAUACACGAUGGCAUGGAUGAAAGCAGUCCAGAUAAAGCAAGCCACCAGUCAGACGAUGAGAGAUGGGACACGCCGCCUCCCAAACCUCCUCGCAUACGCAGCUCCCAGGCAGAAGGUGACGUGAAGGAGGAGAUACUCCAGCCCCCGGAGCCUCAUCCCGUACCCCCGAUCCUGACCCCGUCUCCCCCUUCAGCCUUCCCCACCGUCACCAACGUACGGCAGGACAACGACCGCUACCACCCCAAACCUGUCAUACAUGUCCUGGCUACCACACAGGGACAGAAUAAAGAGGCCGAUAAGCAGCAGAACCAGUCAGAACCGAGUCCAAACAAGCAGACGAGUCCCUCAGAGCAGAAAGACCAAGAUCCACUGAGUCGAAAGCAGCAGAAUCAGGUCUCAAAUCUAGAUCACAACUACAACAACAAAUUGUCGUCAGUGUCGACAAAGUCAGAAUCUGGCCAAAGCCAGACUCCCUCGUCGCCCCUCUCCCCAUCUGUUGAAUGUUCUGGUGCUCCUCGGAUCGAGAGGAAGCUGAGCAUCGAGAUUAAAAAGGUGCCGUUACAGGAAGGACCUCGUAGUUUUGACACUUCCUCCUCCAUGGGAGUAGCAGGCGGAAUUGGCAGCAGUUCAGCCAACAGCACGGGAAUGCUGCAACGAAGCCACGCCUUCAAAGCUCGCACUGGCCAAUCCCUGCUGACAUCGAGCUCCUCGCUGUCGGAGGACUCGGGCACGGAGGGAGGAGGAGGAGGAGGAUGCGGGGAGAGUCAAGCGGAUGGAGGCAUCCUAGCCAGACCAAACCACCUCCCCGUAAAGAGCGAGAAGGGGGAGACGCCGGGAGGGGAGAGAACGGAGACGAAGGCCGGCCACGCGGCGUGGGCUCAACCCUGCAACAGCCCAGAAAAACAGUUCCCCAAAACAUCCUCCUCUUCUUCCUCCUCAGACCGCGUCGCCCCAUCCUCCUCCUCUUCCUCCCACCUCUCCUCAUCCUCUUCCUCGUCCUCCUCCACUCCCGUCAGGACAGCCCUAAGUUUCACCAACCCCCUGCACUCCGACAACUCAGACGAGGAGGGGGACGGAGAGAUGUCCGGAGCAAAGGAGGGUUAUCGUACUAAUGUAUCCACGGCGACGGCCAUGGUAACCGCAGCCCCUCACCACGGAGACCAACAGCCAGCCCGGAAGGUGUUGCCCAUGUCGAUCGCAGGGCAGAGCUCUCCGUCACCCUCUGCGACCACAGCAAACUGCUGGGACAGCGAUGACUCCCCUCCCCCUCUCCCUGCGAGAACCCCCGAGUCCUUCAUACUGGCCACAGACCCUCUGGAGAUGAAAACAUCAGCUGAAUGGAACGCUUCACAUAAAGAUGUGUCAGAGUGUGUUAAGAAGACAUCUCCAGCUGACCCUGCAUCUGCUGGCACCACGGCAACAGACAGGAAGGCAGAUCUGGGUGGGGUUCGGUAACCGCUGCAUUCAGCCCAAAGGCCCUCGGGAACCCCCCCUGGAGUGGACAUGAUGGAACGAUCCAUCUUGCCCAUCCACCAACAGUGUUGUCAGGAGAUGGACUCUACCGGUCUCACCUGACUGGUCCAAAAACCAAGUUGAUAGAUGCUACACAGACAGACAGACAGAAAGCACAAUUUUACAUAGAAACACCUUCUGUGUAACUCUGUGCCAGCUCCUCUUCCUCCUUCUCCUCCUCCUCCUCCUCCUCUUCAGUCCUUCCUUCAAAGUGCCACUGUGCAAAGCAGAAGAACACUUACCGGUCAAGUGGCUUGUCCAUUUUAGAACAAAGCCCACAUUUCCCUACUCAGCUUGCUGAUGUUAGAGGUUUCGACUUCUCUAGACGCUGACCUGGGAUCAGUCUGGUCAUUUUUCCUGUUAAUGGUUAAAGGAUAAUUCCUGUGUUUUCCCCCCGUUCAGAUUGUUUUUCCUCUCUGAGCUCUAGACACAUCAUGGACGUUUUAUCCCUUCUGAGGCUAAAUGACGAGGGAUGUAGGUGUAUAUGUUAAAUAAAGUGUUAAUUAACAGGAAUUUUCUUUCAUACCAAAUGAGAAAGACGUUUUUUUUUGUCAUCAUGAAUCAGGAAUUAUCUUUAAUCAGAAGCUGAUUCCUGAGGUUUAACUGAACUCCCAGACGGUGUCUGCUUCCUCCUACUAAAUGAACAACAAUCUUCAAAGCUAGAUAAUCUGUUACCCAUGAUGCAACCUUUUCUGUUGGGUAUGUACAGGUUGCCAGGGUGCUCUCUCUCUCUCUCUCUCUCUCUCUCUUCUCUCUCUGUCUCUCUCCCUCUUUCUGUGUGCUGGUGCUACAUUACAAAGGAUCAGCGUAGAAAUGGAAGCACUCAAGCUGAACCUGCAUUAGCUGCAGUGAUAUCAGCUCUGAGUUCUUUAUAUUUCUAUGCUGACCGCCCUGUUUACCAGAGUCAUAGACUGAUAUAGUUUGGUCAUUGCAAGCGGUCAGAGCAGAGUUUAAGAUGUCGUUUGACAUUUGAGGAAGGAGGCUUGUCCGCCUUCCUGCCAAGAGUUAGAUGAGAAGUUUCACAACACUCAUGUCUGCAUGGUAAAUAUCGAGCUGAAGCUGCUUAGCUUAGCAAACAGCAAACCUGGCUUUAUUCAAAAGUAACAAAAUAUGCCUAAAGCUCAUUAUUCACAUGUUGUAUCAAAAACUGAAGGGUAGAAAUGUCAAGUUUUGGUGUUAAGGUGGUUUAUAUGCUGGACCCACUCCUGGCGGGGUGUAGUGACUUCCUCAGAGAGUAGCACAUAACGCACAGUAAACUGCUGUUUGUGGACUGAUUGAACAAGCGAGAUGUAAAGUAUUCAUUAGUGAGUUGUAGUGCCAUGUUUGGAUGGACUUUUGAACUAAGCCAGGCUAGCGUUUCCCCCCCAUAUCCAGUAUUUAUGCUAAGCUAAGCUAACAUAUUUUACUGUAUAGACCGUAGAGUGAGGUCAAUCUUCUCAUCUAACUUUUGGCAACAAAAUCAAACAAGAGCGUGUCCCAAAAUGUAGAACUGUUUCUUAAUUUAUCACAUAUCAUUCUGUGACGGUGGACAUCAAUAAUCAUGUCGACAGCUUUGUGUGGCUUUAGAAAACAAAGCAGAGUGCAGAGAUAACUGAAGGUUGAAACUAAGAAGUUUAGUAAAAGGUGUCAGCAGUUGUAAGAGGAUUUUAUUGAUUGAAUGAUUGUCAAGGACACAAAUAGCGAUGGGAAGUGUCUGCUUUUUGAGGCUUAAGAUCCUUUUAAAGCAAUGCGGAGGUUGCACGUGUCAGUGAUUUGCCAAAGAGUAGUGUUCCCUUUCACAAUAAAACACAGAAAGUGGUUAGAAAAGCUGUAUCAUAUAACAUUUAAAGCUACAUCUAAGCAACAUCUGCUAAUUUCCAUCACAACAGUGUUAGUAAUGACCAAACUCAUCACCUCUGUGACUCUGGCUCUCACUGCUGGGACCAUGACCCUGCCUUAGUCUGCCUCACAGAGAAGACAGCCAAUGACAGUCCUCCUUCAUUUGGCUUCUCUCUUCAGUUCAUUUCUCUCUCUCUUUCUCUGUGUUUGACUUCUCUUGGUCUUUACUUGGGACUCAAAUUUGCUGUUUCUUCUCGUUUUUUUUCUUGUCGUCGUACCUUUUUUCAUUCUCCUCCCUCUGAGGCCCUGAGAUGAACGACCACGCAAGUCAUUUUUCUCUUUAUUUUAGGGGCCGGUUUACUCACACCACCUGAAACUCUUAUGGGAUUUGAAAGAUUAAUAUAAAAUCUGGCUUCUCAAAACAACUCCUCGUCUCCAUAAACAUGACUUGUGUGGUUUCCUCAUCUGACGGUCUGGUUAAAAAAUCAAACUGUACCUGCUUCUGUAUGAGCGAGACAAAGAUCCAAUAAGACAACAGCAGCUAGGGACCCAGGACUACUGUUUUUUCUCCUGAUUUGUAUUGUUCUCUGCUAACUUCUUCAUUAGCUACCAUAACUAUACAGUAUAUGCAUUGUUUUAUAAAGAUAAAGAACUGUACAGGGCAGUUUAGGUAUAUAAUAUUUCAGAUUUUGUUUUUUGUUAUCUCUUUAAAUAUUCUUAUUAACAGAAGAUGUAAGAAAGUCAGUGCAUGAUGAUGAUGAUUCCUCCCCUUCACCAUGUUUCCCUUCAAACUGUAAAUUAUUCUGCUGCCCUUUUUUUUUUGUUUUUGUUUUGCUUCUGGCAAAUAUUUCAGGGUUUGUUUUUUUUAUUUUUAUGUUCGAAUUAUUAUGCUUAAAAAGAUUUAAAUUUUCUUUUUUCUUUUUGGUUUAAAUUGGUCGGCAGAGGAAAAGCAUUGAGUAAAGCCCCGCCCCCUCUUUCAGAUAGCUACAACGGGCUUCGAAUAAGAUUGUAAUAAUAAUAUUAAUGAUGAUAAUAAUAAUAAUAAUGGUCGUUUUUUUUUGUAAAUGGUAUUUUAAAAGUUAUUUUUGUAUAUGCGGUUGUUUGUUGCGUCACAAGUCCACUGCUCCCCACCAGAAACCUUUCACCUUUCACACCUUCUUCACACUUUUUGUCACGGACACGGGAGCAUCUCAUUAUUUUUCCACUUCCUUUAUACUUUCCCUGCUGUUUUCAUCUUUUUCUUCUAGCUUUCCUCCCUCCCGCCCUCGUCUCUGCCUAAUUUUUAAGUCAUUUUCAACACGUCUGCGUGCUAGCAAAGCAUCUCUAACUUGUUGGUGGUCCAAAGUAACAAAAUUCGCAGACGUCUUGAGAAAACACUCUCAUCUGUUCAUGUUUUUGCAUUUCUUUCCGUUUUAUCCAGAACAUCUGACCCGUCUUGACCCCACUUCACACGCACACAAGCCUCGAUCUCAGAAAAAAAAAAAA